CCAUUUCCGGUAUGUGGAUGACAACAGAGACGCACGCUUUACUUUUAAUCUCCGCCCCCGCAGGCAAAAUAGCAGCCAAUGCCUUGCUAUUAAUAGGAUCGCCAUCUGCUGGAAAUGCCAUUGAGUCAAGUCUAAUAUGCCAGUCCAAGCCAGGAAGACACUACUGAAGCUGACCUUGUUCUUAUAAUGAAUCUCUGCGUGUGCUUGGUCCUUGGACCCCUGCUAGUGAUGCACCAUGUGGCAGCGGUGCGCCUGGAACUAAACAACAAAAAUACAAGUUCUUCUCUGCCAGGCAAUCUCACUGAAACAGCAAGUCUAAAGUGUCAAGUGUUUGAUAACACUGGGGAUGAGGAGUUGAUCUGGUACCGGGGAACGCGUCAAGUCGAUGUCUCCUCUCAAAACAACGUGAAUUCCAGCCAUAUCUGCGUUUCGCCGCUAUCUACUGAGGACAAUGGAGUCAGCUUUACGUGCUUGCUAAAGAGGGACAAUACAGUCAAAAUAUCCGUCAUUCUGGAUGUCAAAUAUACUCCCAUCUUGGAAGGAGAAAGCUCUGUGACGGUGGAAGUGGGCAAAAGUGCACAGCUGACGUGUAUUGUCAAAGCCAACCCUCAAGCCGAGAUGACCUGGAAAAAAAAUGGUGUUUUUGUCACUAUGGAGAAGUCUCGGUACAAACAAUACCUGGACAGUGAUAAGUUCCAGCUUAACAUCGACAAAGCAGACAAGAAGGAUGCAGGGAUAUACACGUGUGUGGCUGUCGCCAAUGAUGGCAAUGCUACAACUACAGAAAAAACUUUUGAGCUGGUGGUGGAAGACAAGAAGGAUGUGCUCCCAGUGGAGGCCAUAGCGGCUGCAGUAGUGGUGGGAGCGCUGGUUAUCCUGUUUGGGCUGUUUGCACGGAGAGAGACCUUUUUUAAACCAUGCAUGAAGAAUCGACAUGACACCUCACUGUAAGUGCUGAUUGGAAAUCACACACAAUCAGGUGAGACAUUUCUAAAAGUACCAAGUGCAAUGGAGAAAGAUUUCAUGAACAGUGACCACCACCACCGUGAAGAUAUUCUACAGCUUUCCAGAUUCUCAUGGGGCUUUAAUAUGUGAAUUCUUAUGUGACAAUCAAUAUAAACACCAGCCUGAA